AUGGUGCUUGGUUUCAAUGACCGACUUGAGGUACCCAACUCCAUUAACGAGUCACAGCGCUUUGGGUUUGUGGUGUGCAGCAUGUUUUGUGCGAUCGCAUCCGGUGCCGUCUACUCCUUUUCGCUCAUAUCGGGCAAAAUGACGGAUGACUACGGCUUUACCCAGAACGAUAUCACCACCGUUUCAACUGUGGGCAUCGUUCUUGGAUACUUUACGCUUCCCUUUGGAUUCAUCCUUGACUACAUAGGGCCGAAGCCGCUUUUUGCGAUUGGUAUAUUUGCGUACGGACUUGGCGCAGCACUAUUUGCAUUGACGUUUUCGGGAAGGAUUGGGGCAAGCGUGGGGAGUCUUGCUGUCAUCAAUGCCAUCAUGAACACUGGCUGUGCCAUGUUUGAUAUGGGCCCCAUCUUGUCUGUACUCAGCUGGUUUCCAGUUGACCGCGGUCUCUUGGUGGCAGCUGUGAAGUCGAUGAUUGGAUUGGCAAGCUCUGUCAUUGCGACAAUUUACAACACGUACUUUUCAGGCAACCACUCCACUUUUAUGUUUUUUCUUCUUGCCGUUUUUGUGGUCAUUGGGUUCUGGGCGUUUAUCUUCAUUCAGAUCCCUCCGUACCAUAUGACAGGCCACAGGAUCAAGCAUUACACCGAAGAGGAGCACGCGAUAGCACGUCGUGUGGAGCACAUGUAUCUCAUCAAGAAGGCCCCCAGACGGCGCUUUCUUAUUUUGUUCGUCAUUGUGUUGAGUCUUCUCAUUGUGAUCACGGUACAGAGCAUCGCCUUUGUUUUUGUGGAGGGUGAAGUGCCAUUCAAGACGAAAAACCCACCCGCAAUUAUCAUGAUUCUGCUCUGCUUUUCGUUAUUCCUUGUUGUCCUGCCAUUCAAUUGCCUUGACAAGCCAUUGAGGGGAAGCAGAAAAUCCACUAGCGGCAGCAACGAACCCCUCGGGAACUCCAACAAGAAGAACGACAGCAAAGAGAACACAUCUGCCGGUGACGCCAAAAAUGAAAUAAUGGAUGAGGCUUUUGAAGGAGAGGAAAGGCUUGUUUCCAAUGAUGACAAGAAUUUUCCGCAGUACCAGACCGGCUUCUUUCACAAUGUCCUUCACAGUAUUCCAUUGUGGUGUUUCUGGCUGAACGCUGUCAUUGUGUCGGGUGGUGUGCAUAUUGUUAUGCUCAACAGUCGCCAGCUGUUUGUGGCGGUAUCAGAGGACCCGUCGAGCGAGCAGCUUCCCGCCCUGUACGUUGCCCUGACGAGUGUCGGUAACGCCAUUAGUCGUCUUGGCGUCAGUUUCUUUGAAGCAUGGAAUGCAAGCCGACCACUUGAGAAGCGAACGCCCAUUACCAUCACGUACUGCAUCCCGUCCCUCAUGAUGUGCCUUUCUUGCAUCUUUUUUCUCAUUGUGCCAGCACGGGCGCUGAUCGUACCAAUGCUUUUUGGAGGAUUUGCGAACGGGUCCUACGCUGCUACCCUCGUAUUGACUGUCCGCACCAUUUUCAGCAUUGACGUUGCGAAACAUUACAACAGUAUCUUUGUUUUUGAUCUCAUUGGUGUCAUUGUCUUCAACCGUUUUAUGUUUGGUGAACUUAUGACGCGAAACUCCGUUCGGGCUUCGGAUGGUCGGGUCCACUGCCUGGGACGUAGCAAGUGUGUGCGGACAUCAUUCACUGUGCUUGCGUGCCUCUGCGCAUUGGCCUUCACUGCAAGUCUGCUGAUGCAUUUUGUCUACAUGCGCUUUGUACGCUCCAGGCGUGUGCAGGAAGAGGCGGGACGAAAUGUUCCGUUGGAGAUGGCUGGGGUAAUUUCCGAAGAAGUUCAGUAG